AUGUCAGCUCCAUCAAUCCUCCUCCGCAAUGCCACCAUCUUGGUGCCAGGCACAACAGAAAGCAAACCUGUUGCAGCUGUUCGAAACCACUCACUUCUCGUUGAGGGAAACAAGAUUGUUCGCAUUGCGGCUCAUAUAGACGCCCCGUCUGAUAAGACGCAGGUAAUAGACUGCACCGGCAAGAUCGUGUCUCCCGGAUUCAUUGAUACGCAUCACCAUGUGUGGCAGACGCAGCUUAAGGGGCGACAUGCGGAUCACAGCUUGCUUGAGUAUGUCCCCGCUGGCAAUAUGCAGUCAUUCAACUAUACCCCUGAAGACAUCUUUUGGGGAGAGCUGGGAGGCUGUCUCGAGGCAUUGAACGCGGGCACAACCACAGUUGUGGAUCACGCGCACAUGAACUACUCACCAGCUCACACUGCGUCCUCAGGAAUCCGCUCCACCUUCUGCUAUGCACCCACCACAAGAGUAAAACAGUGGGAGCCCGAAAUCACCGUGGACACGGAUUUUCUACCAAGAUGGGCUGUCGAACAAGUCGAGGAGCUCAUUAAGGCUGGUCCGUAUGGCGGUGGGCGAGAGACUGUAACGGAUCUGUAUCAGCGGUGUCGACAAGCUGGAGCCAAGGUCAUUACUACUCAUUACUGCCGCGGCGCAAUCUUCGGUCAACAUUCCAUUGUGGACAUGCUUGAGGGCCAUGGCGUCCUCGGUCCAGACAUUCUUCUCUCCCAUGCAACUAACCUCACAGAUGCUGAUGCCAAGAAACUUUCUGAAGUCAAGGCUAGUAUCUCGUCAACGCCAGAUACCGAGAUCCAGAUGGGUCUAGGAUAUCCAGUCUGUUUCCGCGACGACACCAAGUCCAUCAGCUCUCUCGGCGUCGACUGCCACAGCAACAACGGAUCCAGCCUCAUCAACCAAAUGCGACUCGGCUUGCAGGCAGAGCGCGGACUCCGCAACUCAGCUCUCAUCGAGGCUGGAAAAGCCCCAAAGCACCUCACUUUGUCUGUGCAAGAAGUCUUUCGCCUGGGAACUAUCGGUGGCGCUAGAGCUAUCGGCAUGGAAGAUCAGCUCGGGUCUCUUGAAGAGGGCAAGCUCGCCGACAUUGUCAUUUUCGACGGUCUCACUCCUGGCAUGAUCUGCGCUUCGGAGGAAGAUCCCGUGGCUGCAGUUGUGCUGCACUCCUCAAUUGCAGAUAUUGAGACGGUUAUCGUGGACGGAAGGAUUGUGAAGCAGCGCGGAAGCCUCGUCCCUGUUGAUCUUGAUCUUUCACUGUCAGAUUUGAAGCCUGCCAAGACGCGAUUGGAGUGGCCUGAUAUCGCGCAAGAGCUGUUGAAGAGUCGCCAGCGAGUGAUUCAGGCGGGCAAAAAGUCUUGGGGAGGCGAUAUGGAGAAGGCAUUGGAUGGAGUGACCAAGUUGUUUUACAUUGAUCCCAAUAACUUGGUCUAA